AUGUCGCGUUUGCACCAAAGUACUCAAACCCAACAUCCGGGCCAGGGGCUCCCUGGCCUUAGUAAAAAGCCUAAUAUAUAUAUAGCUUUAAACCCGCCGGAAGUACCUAUUUGGCCAGGUCAACCUGUACCGUUGACUGAUGCCGAGGCCUCAGUUUUGGCGUCAUCAGCAGCGUGGUUCGUUGAGGCGGUAAUGUUGCUCCGCCGAGCGUCGGUCAUCUCCCACUGUCGUUCUGCCCAGUCAAGGGAGCAGAUCCCAGAAAAGUGGGUAACGGAGUAG